AUGUGGGUUGACAAGGUCACACUCCUGGACGGCACACCCAUUUUUUUCGCUGUCAACCAUGAUGUCUCGCCCACCGCUGUUCAGCCUUGUGGAGUGCUCGGUACAUACCUGUCAGAGGCAAAAGCGAGGAGGAUUGGCAAAGCAUGGAUAUAUGACCAGCUUAUGGACCUCGGAGUUCAUAUCGAUUUGCCCCUUCCAACCCAAGACGGAUACGUACGCACGGAAGCGGCUUGGAGGAGGUCGGAAUGGAGGCGGACCGCUGAUGGCAGUUGGGGUUACUCGAUCAGUGACUAUUCUCCGAGCUGGCUCGCUCUGGUUGUGUAUAUAACCGAGCAUGUUAUCGACGAUUCAGAUGAUGAGGAGGAGUAUCAAGACAGUGACGAUGGAGCUUAA